GUUCUGUAUUUUCUCCAGAGUAUACGCAGGCGGAAACAAAUGUGAAACUAAAGAUUUAGAGAAAGACGUGAGUUAUGGAACUAAACUGACCAAUGGUGACUGGGGAUUUAUUAAGUGCAAGAUGCAAGGCACCUUUGUUGGAAGUUUCAACACCAGUUUCAUAAUCAAUGGACCCUUCGGCAGAUCGCGAGUGAGAGACGACAAAUUCUUCUUGAGUCGAGCAGGAAAACUGUUUCUAGUACAGACUUAUGCGGAAAUUGAAUCGGUGGAGCCCCGACAAGGCAGUGUUCUGGGAGGUACUUUGUUAACCAUCAAAGGAAAAAACUUUGACGAAACAACAGCAAAAACCAAAGUAUUCGUAGAAGGGAAACCGUGCGUGAUCACAUCAAAAGUAACCGACGAUACCAUCCUCUGUGAAGUGGGUUCGAAACCAGAACACAUGCCAUCAAUACAUGCAGGAAACCGAGGUCUGAAGAUAGAGAGCUGGGAUAUCGGGGCUCAGUCGUUUACGAAAUUGAGGUCCUACAAUGGCACCACGUCUGGUUAUAUGGAGGGCUGGAACGACAACGGUGAAUAUUCCACAAGUAAAGAUCGGAAAAGUAUACGAAUGUCAGGAUUCCUGGUUCCAAUUUACUCUGGUAAACACACCCUCAAAUUAAACGGUAACGGACCGUCACAGGUUUGGCUGAGUACGAACGAAAGUAAAGAAUUUAUGCGCCGGACUGAAAAUGUUGAAAUUAACCUGAUCGAAGGCAAAAAGUAUUACAUCGAGGUUUUGUAUGAAAACCGAUACUCGAGACCCACACCAGAAGUCUAUGUAAGAAUGUUUAGCAAGAACAGCUCAGUGACUCGGUCGCAGACAGGUCACAGCAGGAACAUGAAACAAAGAAUAAUUCUCAGCACAACUGAAGUCAACGAAACAAUGAUAAUAAAACUGAAUGAAUUAAACAAGACCGAAAGUUCCGAUGACAUCCAGAGUUUAGUAAUAAGAAAGAAUUCUCCGCAGACCGACGGUGCUAAGUUCAAGUUGAAGUUUGGUAACGCUGCCACAUUACCACUUCCAGGAACUGCAUCAGCAAAAGAUAUCCAAUAUGCUUUAGAUUCGUUACCAAGUCUGAGCAGAAUGGUUCGGGUAGCAGAGAACAGCACAGGAAACACAACCGAUUUUUACAUUUUCUUGAAGUUACCCAUUGGAAGUCUGCCGUUGAUAGAAGUCGAACACGUUCCUGAUUAUAAUGGCAACAAACUUGACAUCAGUCUGACAAAAAUGGCGAACGGAAAGGCUAGCAACCGUCACUUUGCAUUCACACUAGAUGGCGUCAUGUCAUCACCACUUUCCGUGAAAGCGACAGCUGAGCAGAUAUCAACCGCCUUAAACACGAUGUUCGGAGUUAUCUGCCCUUCUCAUAUAUCUUCACCUUCGAUAGGGACGUACGGUUAUUUCAACGAUUUUGAAAACCCUUCCGAUUACAAUCACAAUGGUAAGGUUGUCAGCGACAGGACCCCGUUCUGUGGCAAAGUCUCCGUCAAGGACCCGACAGUGAUAUACUACAAGGAUAAAUUUCAACUUAGUUUGGACAAAUUUCCUUUUCUGUGUACAGCACUUCAUGGUGAUGCUGACUUCGUGAUGAAAGUCCAUUUCCAAUACAGAACCAACCCCACGGCUAAUCCAACCUCAAGAACAACUUAUAUACCAACACAUCUCACCUAUUUGACAGAGUGGAAAUAUAUCUGCUGGGAUGUGUUGGAUUCUAUCAAAGUGACUGGCGGAAUAAUGUACAAACUGAAAGAAAUAAAGAUAGAACGGAAAAACAAUUUGGUUCUUUUGAUGGACGUCAUUAGUUUGAAAUACAUCCCAGGUGGAACAAUAAUGUCAGAACUCGCCGGUGCCACAGUGCGGCAGUUACCGCCGCUGGAUCACAGACUUGCUAUGAAACAAGUGAAGGUGGAAAAACUGAUACCGAAUGUAUUCCGGGUAACCUUUGAUGUCCAUAACUGCACAGACAAGCUGCCCACGUUUCAAACCUUACCCAAAGAGAUAUUGCCGUCUUCUUAUGAAAUGCUGCAAUCGAGUGAAAAUGUUGCCGUAGAGAUCCUGAAAAACAUCACACCUGGAAUUUGGACCCUGAUGAAAGCCAGUCCUCCCCUUGAAGGGUCAUUCAAAGUAUCAUUUAAGGGAGAACAAAGUGAAA